AUGGCUGAACUGUCAGCUGAAGAAAUUCAGCUGAGGGCCAACCAGGUCACUGAUGAGUCUUUGGAAAGCACAAGGAGGAUUCUUGGUUUGGCCAUUGAGUCCCAGCAUGUUGGCAUCAAAACUAUCACCAUGCUGGAUGAACAAGGAGAACAACUAAAUCGCAUAGAAGAAGGCAUGGACCAGAUAAAUAAGGAUAUGAGAGAAGCUGAGAAGACAAUGACAGAGCUCAGCAAAUGUUGUGGGCUCUGUGUCUGUCCCUGUAACAGGACAAAGAACUUUGAGGCUAGCAAGGCAUACAGAGCAACGUGGGGAGAUGGAACGGAGAACUCUGCAGAUCAUGUGAUAACCAUGCCACCAAGAAGUAUAAAUCAGCAGCAACCUCAGAAUUACGGAGGACCAAGUGGAGGAUAUAUUACAAGGAUAACAAAUGAUGCCAGAGAAGAUGAAAUGGAUGAAAACCUUGCUCAAGUGGGAAACAUUCUUGGAAACCUAAAAAACAUGGCUUUGGAUAUGGGCAAUGAGAUUGAUACCCAGAAUAAACAAAUAGACCGAAUAAACGUGAAGGCUGAUGUGAACAGGGAGCGCAUUGAGCAAGCCAACGUCAGAGCCAAGAAACUAAUUGACAAUUAAAGCCUGCUAUCAUUGUUGAAUGACAGUGUCUCUCCAGCUGCAAGCCACCAUAUUCAUGGAUCUGUGAAACUUCUACUAUUCUGAAAUAAGAGGGGCUGGCAAAAAUGAAGCAGUACCCUUUCUAUAAGGAUU